GUUAAAACCUAUAAUUUGUAAGUAUCGGCGAACGAACAGAAGAAAAUGGGGAAGAAGACGAAAAGAGAUGAAAAACAGUACUGGCUGCUAAAAACCGAGCCUGGGGAAUGGUCAUGGGACGACCAAGCAUCCAACGGAGGUCUCUCCAAAUGGGACGGCGUCAAGAACCACCAAGCUCUCAAAAAUCUCAAAUCCGCACGGCUCCACGAUCUCUGCUUCUUCUACCACUCCGGCACAAAAUCCCGCCGUAUAGUAGGGGUUGUCACCGUUGUCCGUGAAUGGUACGAAGACGACGACGCUGGUUGUGGCGCCGUAGACGUGAAGGCGGUGGGGGAGAUGAGGAACCCGGUGGAUCUGAAGGAGAUGAAGGGAGAACUGAAGAACAGUAAAGAGUUUGGGUUGUUUAGGCAGCCUAGAUUAUCCGUCGUUCCUGUGCCGGUGGAUGUUUGGGAGAAGAUUUGCGAAUUGGGUAAUGGGUAUGAAGGUGACGGUGUUAUUGUAUCUGAUCAUGACGAAGUUGAUGAACAAGUUUAGGGAUUCAUCAAGUUUGGCUUGCAAGUGUGUUUAUUUUUGUGGAUUCCAUGAUUUCACAUGUUGAUGGGUAAUUGGGUAGCUACUGAUUUUUGAUCACCAGGUGUUUGUUAAUUUGCUUCACUGAAUAUAAAUAUCUCGUCUUUUACCAAA